GGGGGCUCGGGGGGCAGCGCGGCCAGCAGCGGCUACUGCAGCCAGGAGGACUCCGACUCCGAGCCCGAGCUCUUCUACACCGCCCGCACCUCCUUCGGCCGCCGCCCGCGUCGUCGCCAGGAUGAGCCCAGCAGCUGGGAGACGGCGGAGCUGGACCCGGCGCAGGUGGAGCAGCGCAUCAAGGAGUACAACAGCCAGAUCAACAGCAACCUCUUCAUGAGCCUGAACAAGGAUGGCUCCUACACUGGCUUCAUCAAGGUGCAGCUGAAGCUGGCGCGCCCCGUCUCUGUGCCAGCUGCCAAGCGGGGCCCUGGGGGGCGGUCGGGGCAGCGCACGGCGGGCGUGAAGCGCCGCACAUCCUUUUACCUGCCCCGCGGCACCGUCAAACACCUGCACGUGCUCUCGCACACCCGCGCCAGCGAGGUGAUCAGCGCGCUGCUCCGCAAGUUCACCGUGGUGGACGACCCCCGCAAGUUCGCCCUCUUCGAGAGGUCCGAGAAGGAUGAGCAAGUGUACCUGCGCAAGCUGGCGGACGAGGAGCAGCCGCUGCGACUGCGGCUGCUGGCAGGACCCAGCGAGAAGGCGCUGAGCUUCGUCCUGAAGGAGAACGAGAGCGGCGAGGUGAACUGGGACGCCUUCUCCCUGCCCGAGCUGCACAACUUCCUGCGCAUCCUGCAGCGCGAGGAGGACGAGCAGCUGCGCCGCGUCCGCCACCGCUACGCCCGCUGCCGCCGGGAGCUGCAAGCCGCGCUGGCUGCCCGCACGCCGGACUGA